AUGGCCAUCCUCCCGCUGUUCCUUUGCCUGCUGCCGCUGGCCCCUGCCUCAUCUCCACCCCAGCUAGCGACAUCCAGCCUGUGUCCCCGUCGCUGCCGCUGCCAGACACAGUCACUGCCCCUAAGUGUGCUGUGCCCAGGGGCAGGCCUCCUGUUUGUACCACCCUCGCUGGACCGCAGGGCAGCCGAGUUGCGCCUAGCGGACAACUUCAUCGCGGCUGUGCGCCGCCGUGAUCUGGCCAACAUGACGGGCCUGCUGCAUCUGAGCUUGUCACGUAAUACCAUCCGCCAUGUGGCAGCCGGUGCCUUUGCUGACCUUCGCGCCCUGCGUGCCCUGCAUCUAGAUGGUAACCGGCUGACCUCACUGGGUGAGGGUCAAUUGCGUGGCCUGGUCAAUUUGCGCCAUCUCAUCCUGAGCAACAACCAGCUGGCAGCCCUGGCAGCUGGUGCCCUGGACGACUGUGCCGAGACACUUGAAGACCUCGACCUCUCCUACAACAACCUGGAACAGCUUCCCUGGGAGGCUUUGGGCCGCCUGGGCAACGUCAAUACACUGGGCCUCGACCACAACCUGCUGGCUUCUGUGCCUGCUGGCGCCUUUUCCCGCCUGCACAAGCUGGCACGGCUGGAUAUGACCUCCAACCGCCUGACCACCAUCCCGCCUGACCCACUCUUCUCCCGCCUGCCACUGCUAGCCAGGCCCCGGGGGUCCCCUGCCUCUGCCCUGGUGCUGGCCUUCGGUGGGAACCCCCUGCACUGCAACUGCGAGCUGGUGUGGCUGCGGCGGCUGGCGAGGGAGGAUGACCUUGAAGCCUGCGCCUCCCCACCGGCUCUGGGUGGCCGCUACUUCUGGGCUGUGGGUGAGGAGGAGUUUGUGUGCGAGCCCCCUGUGGUAACUCACCGCUCACCACCCCUGGCAGUGCCUGCUGGUCGGCCGGCUGCCCUGCGCUGUCGGGCUGUGGGGGACCCCGAGCCCCAUGUGCGCUGGGUAUCACCCCAGGGCCGGCUGCUAGGCAACUCGAGCCGUGCUCGCGCCUUCCCGAAUGGGACGCUGGAGCUGCUGAUCACUGAGCCGAGUGAUGGAGGCAUCUUCACCUGCAUUGCAGCCAACGCAGCUGGCGAGGCCACGGCUGCUGUUGAGUUAACUGUGGGUCCCCCACCACCCCCUCAGCUAGCCAACAGCACCAGCUGUGACCCCCCGCGGGACGGGGAUCCUGAUGUCCUCACCCCACCUUCUGCUGCCUCUGCCUCUGCCUCCGCCAAGGCAGCAGACACUGGGCCCCCUGCUGACCGUGGUGUCCAGGUGACAGAGCACGGGGCCACGGCUGCUCUCGUCCAGUGGCCAGACCAGCGGCCUGUCCCAGGCAUUCGCAUGUACCAGAUCCAGUACAACAGCUCAGCCGACGACAUCCUCGUGUACAGGAUGAUCUCAGCCGACAGCCGGUCCUUCCUGUUGACAGACCUGGCAACGGGCCGCACCUACGAUCUUUGCGUGCUAGCGGUGUACGAGGACAGCACCACGGGGCUGACGGCCACACGGCCUGUUGGCUGCGCUCGCUUCUCCACAGAGCCCACACUGCAGCCCUGCGGGGUCCCGCACGCACCCUUCCUGGGCGGCACCAUGAUCAUCGCACUGGGUGGUGUCAUCGUGGCCUCAGUGUUGGUCUUCAUCUUCGUUCUGCUCAUGCGCUACAAGGUGCACGGUGGCCAGCCCCCCGGCAAGGCCAAGGCACCCGCACCCGUCAGCAGCGUUUGCUCCCAGACCAACGGCACCACACAGGCCCCGUCUGCUCCCGAGCCCUCCGCACCGAGGGCCCACACCAUGGUCCAGCUGGACUGUGAGCCCUGGGGGCCCAGUCACGAACCCACAGGACCCUAA